CCACUCUCACAUCCACAUUCCAAGAAGCGAAGACGAGGCAAUGUUGUCAUCUUUUUCCGCACUUCCUCUCUGCAAGAGUUGCUGCUUUAUCUCUCAUCUCUCAAAGUAUUGCCCUCCCCCUCUUGCUUUCUCUCUCCCCACUGCCCUCCGCCGUCAGUUGCACCUCCGGAAGCCUUCCACUGCUCCGUUGUUUGCUACCAAUUUCGAUAUCAGUGAAGAAAUUGAGCUACAUGCCGAGAUUCACGGACAAGAAGCGCCAUCUGAUGUAGACCUAGAGGAGGAGGAAUUGGAGAAUUUCGACGCUGAAGAACUUGAGAUCGAGGCUAGGCGGGCGGUCAAGGAGUUCUCUGAUUCCUUGUCUCGAGAAUUGAACAUUGAGGGUGAAGUUUCCAAACAAAAGGGAACUCGAGGAAAGCAGAAGAAGAACAUAAAUCCUAUUAGCAAUAUUCCUGACCAUCUUCUUCCAAAGGUUGCAAUAGUUGGAAGGCCAAAUGUUGGUAAAUCAGCGUUAUUUAAUCGCUUGGUUGGGGGAAACAGAGCAAUUGUAGUUGAUGAACCUGGUGUUACCAGGGACCGUUUGUAUGGUAGAUCUUUUUGGGGUGAUUAUGAAUUUAUGGUAGUGGACACCGGAGGUGUACUUACAAUUUCAAAAUAUCAUGAAGAACGAGCUAUAUCAACAACAAUUGGCAUGGAGGGUAUUCCUCUCGUCUCCAGGGAAGCUGCUGUUGCUAGGAUGCCUUCCAUGGUUGAAAGACAAGCUACUGUUGCUGUAGAAGAGUCUUCUGUCAUUAUAUUUGUUGUUGAUGGUCAGGCAGGUCUGACUGCAGCAGAUGUUGAAAUAGGGGAUUGGCUGCGAAAGAACUAUUCACACAAGUAUAUUGUUCUUGCUGUUAACAAAUGUGAAUCUCCUCGCAAAGGUACCUUACAAGCGUCAGAUUUCUGGGGUUUAGGGUUUUCUCCCCUUCCAAUAUCUGCUCUAUCUGGGAGCGGAACUGGGGACCUUCUUGAUUCUGUCUGUUCUCAAUUGAAAAAGAUUGAGCAUAUAGAGGACCCUGAUACGGAAGAAUAUGUUCCUUCCAUUGCUAUAGUUGGCCGACCAAAUGUAGGUAAAAGUAGUAUCUUGAAUGCUUUGGUUGGGGAUAAUAGGACAAUUGUCAGUCCAAUCAGUGGAACUACCCGAGAUGCUAUUGAUACUGAAUUUACUGGACCAGAUGGCCAGAAAUGGCAUCUAAUAGAUACAGCUGGUAUCAGAAAGAAAGCAUCUGUAGCUUCAUCAGGCAGCACCACCGAGGCCCUGUCUGUGAACCGAGCGUUUCGUGCUAUUCGACGUUCGGAUGUUGUUGCCCUGGUAAUUGAAGCAAUGGCCUGCAUCACAGAACAGGAUUUCAAGAUAGCAGAACAAAUAGAGAGAGAAGGGAAAGGUUGCCUAAUUGUUGUGAACAAAUGGGACACAAUACCUAAUAAAAACCAGCAAACUGCUAUGUUCUACGAAGAAGAUGUGAGAGGGAAGCUCCGUAUUCUUAGUUGGGCACCCGUAGUGUACUCAACAGCAAUAGAAGGACAGAGUGUUGACAAGAUCACUGUGGCUGCUGGUCUAGUGGCAAAAGAGAGAUCAAGGAGAUUAUCAACAGCAACACUAAAUCAAGUUGUCAGUGAAGCUGUUGCAUUCAAACCACCUCCAAGAACUAGAGGAGGAAAGAGAGGUCGUAUUUAUUACUGCACCCAGGCAGCUAUAAGGCCACCUACCUUUGUGUUCUUUGUAAAUGACGCUAAGCUUUUUCCUGAAACAUACCAACGGUAUAUGGAGAAGCAGCUCAGGUCAAGUGCAGGGUUCCCAGGCACUCCAAUUCGGCUUCUAUGGCGCAGUAGAAGAAAGUCAGAGAAAAAUGGAAAAGAAGCUUCUGUAAGGGAACAAUGAAAACGAUGUUUUCAUUUGACUCUUCUUGCCUUAACUGUAUAUAUUCGCAGCCCUAAAUGCGAAGUAGGUGGCCAUUGAUUGUUAACUGUACAAGUGCAUUUUCUUUGAUUUCACAUUUUGUAAUAAACCAGUUCUCAAUUUUUAA